AUGGGGCCAUCCGCUUACGAGUCACGCUUCAUUGAAGUCUCUGAGCGCGUCUGCUCGGUUCUAUCCCUCAUUUCAACGAGCGUCAUCAUCGGCACUUUUGUCUCUUCGAAUCUGUUUCGCAAGCCCAUCAACCGUCUUGUCUUCUACGCCUCAUGGGGAAAUAUCAUGUCCAAUGUCGCCACAAUGAUUUCAGUAGCAGGAUACGCCCAUGGGACUGGAACUUCCUUGUGUCAGGUGCAGGGAUUCUUGAUCCAGUGGUUCAUGCCAGCUGACGCUCUCUGGGCAUUCGCAAUGGCGCUCAAUGUCUACCUUACCUUCUUCCAUAAAUUCGACUCGUCUCAGUUGCGAAAGCUGGAAUGGAAAUAUUUCGUUGCCUGCUAUGGCAUCCCGUUCGUCCCGGCUUUCAUAUAUUGCUUCGUCGAUACCCCCGCCAAGGGCAAGAUAUACGGUGAGGCAGUGCUAUGGUGUUGGGUUUCGCUCAAAUGGGAUGCCUUGCGAAUUGCCACUUUCUAUGGCCCUGUCUGGUUCAUUUUGGUGUUGACAUUCGCAAUCUAUAUCCGUGCCGGCAAAGUCAUUUUCGAGAAGCGGCGGCAGCUGCAGAGCGCGAACACGAAUACUAUCGGCUCAAGCUACUUUAUCGAUGAUCCAUUCCAAGAAGGGGCGAAAUUGACGGAAAUCCGUGUAACAACUGAACAGGUAGUCACUUCCUCUGUGGGAUCUACGCAGCCCAUGGAAAUCUCCGCCGACAGAGGUCGAGUCCCUGGCACGUCAGACUACAGCCCGUACUCUAUCAAGAUAGAAACUGGGCCACACAUGGAAAAGGAGGAGAUAUCGAUGCAGCCUCUGCCACCGGUGCCUCAAACUGGAAAUGUCAACUUCAGACGUCAGGUUGCAGCUGUGGAAUCUAAUAAAGCUGCUUGGGCGUAUACUAAAUGUGCCAUGCUUUUCUUUAUUGCCUUGGUCAUCACAUGGGUCCCGUCAAGUCUGAACCGACUAUACACUUUGGUCUACCCCGACGGAGAAUCUAUGGGCCUCGACUACGCAUCAGCCAUCGUCCUUCCCCUUCAAGGAUUGUGGAAUGGCCUUAUCUAUGUCGCAGUCUCUUGGCCUUCCGUGAAGACUGUAAUUGCCAACGUUCGUCAAGCGUCACGGCCGUAUCCAAUCAGAAUAACUGCCGCCAAUGGCAAUCUUGACGCGCCUAACUUCAGACGCCAAGACUCCGAUAGCAACGAGAGUACGACUGAGCUCGCGAUGCACCCACAGCCCAAGGGUUCAGUCUGA